CUUAUUGUUCAUGAGGCUUUAUCAAAAACCGAGUCUAGAGUUGUCUAAUAAUGGAUAUAUUCCAUUUGUUCAUUAUAUCAUUGAUGCCAGUUCUAAAGGUACUUCUGGUUAUAAUUGCUGGCUUAAUCCUCGCAACUCAACGUUUUGAUCUUUUAGGGUGUGAUGCAAGGCGCCAUUUGAAUAAGAUGGUGUUUUAUGUGUUCUAUCCUGCACUCAUUGGUUGCAGUCUUGCUGAUACAAUGACUCUUGAAGGUUUAGCUGACUUGUGGUUCUUACCAGUAAAUGUGUUAAUCACAUGUGUAAUCGGUUCAAUUCUUGGAUGGAUUCUAGUAAUAGUUACAAAACCUCCUCGACACCUAUGGGGACUUGUCAUUUCUUGCACUUCUGCAGCAAAUUUGGGAAACAUGCUUCUCAUCAUACUUCCAGCACUGUGUAAAGAGAAGAAUAAUCCAUUUGGAGAAGUAGCAUCCACUUGUUCUGCUAAUGGAAAGGCUUAUGCUUCACUUUCUCUAGCGAUUCAAAUAAUCUAUAUAUGGUCUGUUCUCUAUUUUCUUCUACGAAUGUAUGCAAACAAUGAAGUUAAAGAAACCAACUCAAAUAACUCCAUAAUCGUUGCUGCAAAUGGUUGCACUAGGGAUGUCUUACAUGAUCCUGUUGGCUUGCCUCAAAUUCAAAAUGACAGAAACCAAAAGGUUUCAACUACUGUAAAGUUCAAGCAAUUGUUUAUGAAGAUUAUGAGAAGUGAGAGCUUAAGAAAGAUUUUUGCACCAGCUACAAUUGCAGCUAUUGUUGGGUUCCUUAUCGGAAUAGCAACUCCAAUCCGAAAGACAUUCAUUGGUGAUAGUGCUCCACUUCAUGUUAUCUACAGUGCUGCUGAAUUAAUAGGAAAUGCUGGUAUCCCAUCCAUUACUCUGAUAGUAGGAGCAAAUCUUCUUAAAGGGUUAAGUGGAUCAGGUGUACGGCCAUCUGUUAUUAUAGGAAUCCUUAUCAUAAGGAACAUUUUCUUGCCUAUAUCUGGCAUUGGUGUUAUUAAAGCUGCAAAGCAUUUGAGCCUGGUGGAUGAAAACUCCUUUUAUCUCUUCACUUUGUUAAUUCAAUAUGCCAUUCCACCUGCAAUGAACAUAGGUACCAUAAACCAGAUGUUAGGAAGUGGUGAGAGUGAAUUUUCAAUGAUUAUGCUUUGGAAUUAUAUUUUAGCAAUAUUUACCCUUACCUUCUGGAUAGGUUUCUAUAUGUGGCUUGUCAUUUAGAAGUUUUUGAUAAUCCUCUUCAAUAUCACUUCAUGUUGCCAUCUACAUGUGUAUUGUAUUAAUUUCGUAUACGUAAACGACUUCGCAAAUUAUUUCGUGUAUUUAUACAAAUAAAUCAAAUAGUUACGAAUUAGUAUAUGAAUAUACUAGGAUA